UUCCACUUUGCGCCACAUAUUGUCUAUCAUAAAAUACCAGAGUAGAGAGAAAAAUGACGACAACAAGUGUUACUCAGACAAUCACGGAAACACCCUCCAAGAAGUCACGACUAGCAAUCAAACAGGAACAUCUUGCUGGACUCGAUCCUGAAUGGAUUUCCCUAUGGAAUACAUAUGGCGCCGAUAUGAUCAGAGCUGAUGAGGUCUCCAUUGAAGAGUUCCGCAAGGACCCUGCGAAAUAUAGCUUCACUUACCCUACAUGUGCAGGGCCUGACGUUUUCCAUGUGGAGGAUAUGAAUGUCCCCGUUACAAAACCGACAGGCGAGGUUGCAGUGAGGAUAUAUUCGCCGAAGGGGAAGGGCCCCUUCCCUGUUCAUGUAAAUUUCCAUGGAGGGGGUUGGGUGCUCGGUGGACUCAAGAGCGAGGCCGCAUGGUGCAGACACAUGUGCAACAAAGCAAACAUCAAAGUCGUCGAUGUCGAUUACAGGAUGGCGCCAGAAUUUCCCUUUCCAACCAGUAUCUACGAUUGUUGGGAUGUCGUCAAGUGGAUAAUAACCAACGGCGACUCAAUGAACAUUGACCAUAGCAGUGUUUCAAUUGGCGGGCUUUCUGCUGGAGGUCAAAUGUCUGCCGUUCUUGCACACUUCGCGCGCGAUGAAGAUAUCAAGCUCAAGCUCCACAUGAUGAUUGUACCUGCAACAGACAUGCGAUACUGUCGGAAAGGACUCCAGCUCGACAAGUCGAAUUGUCCGUACCAGAGCGUGCAUUUGUUCCAUGAUGCAGUGUGGGGACCACUUGGUCGUGAGCAAUGGUUUUUGAAGUAUUGGUUGGGCGAUUCCAUAGAGGAGCAGGAAGCAGCGCUGGCCGACUGGAGAUGUACGCCGGUGUUGGCGCCCAACUUUCGAAAUCUUGCACCUGCGCACAUCAUCACUGCAGAGUUUGACUUAGAGCGAGAUGAAGGAGAGUUCUACGGUGAACUUCUACGAAAAGGCGGUAACAAGGUAACAGUGAAGCGGUAUACGGGAGUACCUCAUGCGUUCGGGCAUUACAACCAUCCUGAGAGAGGAUUGAAGAAAAGUUUCGAGUAUAUAGAAGAUACUAGCAAACUGCUGCGUGAUGUUCACUACGGCGUCUAG